CAGUCCAAAGUCGUCAUCGGUUUAAAGUUGUAGCGGAGUUGAUUUUUUUUUUUUUUUUUUAAUAUUUAUUAGGUUUCAUCCUACAGUGACCAUUUCACCUCCAUCGGUCCGAUUAUAGUUAUUAUUUCUCUUUUUUUUUGUUGUAGUCAAGUAAUUUAAUAGGUAAUGGCCUGUUUAAGCAAUCCUUGUUCGUUACCGAGUCAUAGCUCAGCAGGAGCUGCUUUUGUAAACUUGGUGACACAUUUGAUGACAGCUCAAUGCUUCAUCACUGAGCCAUGGCCAGAAAACCAGAGGCAUCGAAUCAAAGAUGAUAAGUUUGAUUUCAUUAUCGUUGGUUCUGGAACGGCUGGAUCGAUUAUUGCCAAUCGAUUGACACAGAUUGAAGAAUGGAAGGUCUUGUUAGUAGAAGCUGGUGAUAAUCCUCCAGUUGAAAGUAUUAUUCCAAACUUUUCUGGAGCAACUCACAGAUUGGACCAAGUAUGGCAAUAUUUUACUGAAAAAGAUGAAACAACAAAUAAAGGAUGUUUUGAUGGAAAAUCAUUUUGGCCUCGAGGCAAGAUGCUUGGUGGCACUGGAUCUAUCAAUGGUCUUCUUCACAUGAAAGGCAGUCCUGGUGAUUACAAACCAUGGCAUUUAAAAGAUGGCGACGGUUGGGAUUGGCAAAGUAUAAAAAAAUACUUCAUGAAAAGUGAAAAAAUGGUUGAUCCACUGAUUCUUAAUAAUCCUGAGUUACGAAAUAAUCACGGAACUGACGGAGAAUUCGUCGUUGACAAAUUAAAUUUCACUCAUACUGAAAUUGCUAAUAAGCUCAUCAAUGCAUACCUUGAAAUGGGAUUAACUUAUCUGGAUGACUUAAAUGGACCUACACAGAUGGGAAUUGGGAGAUUACAAGGUGGAAAUCACAAGGGCAGAAGAGUUAGUACGGCGACAGCAUUUCUUAAUCCGAUUAAGAAUCGUGAUAAUUUAUAUAUUUUAAAAAAUACAUUUGUUAAUCAAAUUAUUUUUGAAGAUUCAAAAGCAGUCGGAAUAAAAGCUACAGAUAUCAAAGGAAAAUCUUUAAAGUUUUAUGCAUCAAAAGAAGUAAUCGUGAGUGCUGGCGCAGUGAAUACUCCAGUUCUUCUUAUGUUAUCUGGUAUUGGACCAAAGCAACAUUUGGAAGAACUAAAGAUAGAGGUUGUUGCAGACUUGCCGGUGGGUGAAAACUUACAAGACCACGUACGAAUACCUGUACCUGUCACUUUGAAUACAAGAGCGAAACAGCUUUCGGAUACUUUUUGGCUGAAAGCAGCAGCGCAAUAUUUACUGGAACAAGAUGGACCACAUGCUAUCAACUUCGAUCAACCUAAUAUUAACGCUUUUAUUUCUGUACCAGAUGGAAAAAAAUUACCCGAUGUACAAAUUGAUCAUAAUUAUUUUCUUCCAAAUACGUCAUAUGUUUAUCCCAUGUGUCGAAAUAUAAUGUCAUUUACGGAUGAAAUUUGUAAACAGUUCGAAGAGAUGAACGCAAAUAGCGAAAUGAUAAUAUUUUUCGUUUCCUUAUGUAGACCAUACUCGAGAGGGAAAAUUCUGUUACGCUCUAAAAUACCUACUGAUCAUCCAAAGAUAUAUCCGAAAUAUUUCAAUGAUAAACAAGAUAUGGACAUUUUCAUAGAAAGUUUGAAAAGAGUUACUGAUAUAGUCGACACAAAAAUUUUUAAAGAAAUUGGAGCAAAACUUGAGAGAAUAAAGUUUAAAGAUUGCAAUAAUUUUGAGUUUCGUAGCGAUGAUUACUGGGAAUGUAUGGCGAGAACUUUGACAUAUAACGUUUAUCAUCCAGUAGGAACAGCUAAAAUGGGAGCAGCUGAUAACCCAACCAGUGUAGUAGACAAUGAACUAAGAGUUCUAGGUAUAAAAGAUUUAAGAGUAGUUGACGCAAGUAUAAUGCCUACUAUUACUAGUGUAAAUACUAACGCGCCUACGAUGAUGAUAGCUGAAAGGGGUGCUGAUUUUAUUAAAUUAGAGCACGUUCUGAGAAAAACAAAAGACGAAUUUUAGACUUGAUUGGUAAAAAACACUAGUUUUAAAAGAAAUUAGUCGACAUCGAACAUACCUAUUAA